CCUUCUCCCUCCCGCUUGCCGUCGGUUCGCGGCCGCCGCCACAGUUGCCGCUGCGGGGCGCGGUGUUGGUGGGUCGUUUGGCUUGUCUCUUAACGCCGCGUUUGUGCCGUUGAACUGUCCGCCAUGACUGAAUUAGAUCCGUUCGGCGCUCCUGCCGGCGCUCCCGGCGGCCCUGCGCUGGGGAAUGGGGUGGCUGGUGCCAGCGAAGAAGACCCUGCCGCGGCCUUCUUGGCGCAGCAAGAGAGUGAGAUUGCGGGCAUCGAGAACGACGAAGCCUUCGCCAUCCUGGACGGCGGUGCCCCCGGGCCCCAACCGCACGGCGAGCCGCCAGGGGCAGGUAGUCAAGAAAGAGGCAGCAUUAGUAACACAAUUGUGUUUUGUGUUAAGGAGAGUAAUGGUCCAACAGACAGUUACGCAGCUAUUUCACAAGUGGAUCGAUUGCAAUCAGAGCCUGAAAGUAUCCGUAAAUGGAGAGAAGAGCAAACAGAACGCUUGGAAGCCCUCGAUGCCAAUUCUCGGAAGCAAGAAGCAGAGUGGAAAGAAAAAGCAAUAAAGGAGCUAGAAGAGUGGUACGCAAGGCAGGACGAGCAGCUACAGAAAACAAAAGCAAACAACAGGGCAGCAGAAGAAGCCUUUGUAAACGACAUAGAUGAGUCGUCCCCAGGCACUGAGUGGGAGCGGGUGGCCCGGCUGUGUGACUUUAACCCCAAGUCCAGCAAGCAGGCCAAAGACGUCUCCCGCAUGCGCUCUGUCCUCAUCUCCCUCAAGCAGGCCCCCUUGGUGCACUGAAGAGCCCCCCCCUGUGGAACCACUACAUCUGCAAUAUCUUAAUCCUACUCAGUGAAGCUCUUCACAGUAAUUGGAUUAAUUAUGUUGAGUUCUUUUGGACCAAACCUUUUUGUCUUUAGAGUUGAUCAUUGUUUGUGAUUGCAUGUUUCCUUCAACUCUAUUCUCCCUGGCAGUCAGAGAGGAGGGGGAGGGGGGGAAAGCCUCCCAAAGGUAGCCUCAACCUCUACUUUUGUGCAUUCUGAGAAUAAAUUUGUUUCAAACAAUAAACCUGAGGCUGCAUUAUUGAUUUCAAGACCUGCUGCAGGUUGGAGAGAGAUUGGGAAGGAUGAAGAAUUUCCUGUUAGCAUUUCUAGGACCCAGGCGGCACAGCCACUGAAUGUCCACCCCUUCCUUGAACUGAGAGAGCUCCAAGUUACUAACCAUCUAUAGUAGGAGUCUGUGGAAGUCUGUUUGAAAAAGGGAGUUCCAUGGCUAAAAGUAAGCUCUCAUUGCCCAGCUGAGGGAGAGCUGGGAAUCCCUUACCAAGACAUUCCUCAAGUGACAACUUGUCACUAUUCCCUACUUUAAGGUCUUGGAUAGUACUUUCCAACAGGGCUCUCUCGAUAUUUAUUAUUCCUUCAGAUCCAGCCAGUAAACCCGAAUUAGGGUGGGAUUACUUUGUGGCUAGUCCCAUUACCCUGGACUCCCACAGUACACACUGGGGUCGAUGCCAGCCCUAGCCGCUCUAUUUCACUUGUCAGAUCCUUCAAGUAGGCCUUACUGGCCAGUACACUAAGCACAUGUGUUAUUUCAAUAAAUUUAAAAGUCCAUUUCUAGCCUUAGAUCUUCUGUGCUCAGUGGCCACAUGUGGUUAGGUAGCAUCCCAACUGCACAGCACAGAGAACAUUUCCAUUAUCACAGAAAGUUCUGGACUAUACUGAUCUACACAACAGGUACCACUAAGAGUGUGCCAUUCAGGCUUCAACACUUGUCUUCAUCCUAUCACAUUUUAGGUGAUGGUUUGAGCAACUUAUAAAGCCAAGUCAAAUCUGCUUAGUUUCCUGAAUUUCCAAGUUGGGAGACUGAUGUAAACGCCUGUAAUAACCACUCAGGAGAAGGGUGGGAAUGGGCAAGAAGGAAAACCCGACAUUUCUCCCAUGGUAAUUGUGGCUGGAGGCGGUUGGAACCUUCUAUUACUUUUCUGCCCAUGUCGCAUCCACACCCCAAGCUGCUUAGUUGGGCAUUCUUUGAUCUGGGUCACGUUUCUGGCCUCUUCGCUCACUCCUUCCCUUUAGCCAUUUACGGUUGCAAUCUUAAGUAAUCACUCAUUUAUCAUUUUUGGGCCUUGCUAAUGCCCUUCAAAAUGUCAGGCCAGUU